GGACGCCCCCAGGGGCUCGUCGAGCUCCCUCGCCGGGGCUUCGGCGGCGGGAUGGAGUGAGAGGGGUCAUCCGUGCGUGACGUUGAGUGCUUCAGAUCUGGUCACUAUGGUACGAGAACGAAAAUGCAUAUUGUGCCACAUUGUGUACAGCUCAAAAAAGGAGAUGGACGAACAUAUGCGGAGCAUGUUGCACCACAGGGAACUUGAGAACCUGAAGGGCAGGGACAGUAGUCAUGAGUGCCGAGUGUGCGGGGUCACAGAAGUGGGUCUCUCUGCAUAUGCAAAGCACGUUUCUGGCCAGUUGCACAAAGAUAAUGUGGAUGCUCAGGAAAGAGAAGACGAUGGAAAGGGAGAGGAAGAAGAAGAAGAUUAUUUCGACAAGGAACUGGUCCAAUUAAUAAAGCAAAGGAAAGAACAAAGUCGGCAAGAAGAAGCUUCCAGUAGCAGCCAAGAAAAAACCCCUGAAGAUAGACGACCCCCAUGGAGACGGGAAGACCGGUUCCCAUACCAAGAACGAGAGAGUUACAGUCAGCCAGUGUGGCACCAUCGUGCACCGCCUCCAAGGGAUCGGAAAUGGGAUAAAGAUGGCUUUAAUAAUCCUAGGAAAAACAGCUUUCCACAUUCUUCGAGAAAUGGUGGUGGACAAAGAGGGUGUUCCGGGUGGCAUAAGGGUGUUGGAGGAGGCUCCUCGGUGUGGUUUCACAAUCACAGUAAUUCUGGAGGUGGUUGGCAUUCAAAUAAUGGAACAGUAGAUUGGAAUCAUAAUGGUACAGGAAGGAAUUCCAGUUGGCAUUCUGAAGGGACAGGUGGCUUUUCCAGUUGGCAUAUGAAUAGCGGUAACGGAAACUGGAAACCCAGUGUACGUGGUACAAAUAGUUGGAAUUACAGUGGCCCCGGAGACAAAUUUCAACCAGGCAGAAACAGAAAUCCUAACUGUCUAAUGGAAGACAUGCUAGUAUGGAACAAGAAAUCUAAUAAGUCAAACAAAUACAACCAAGAGAGAUAUAAUUGUCAACGGCCAGAAAAUGACAAAGUUGGUACAGUUGCCACAUACCCUUCUCCUGCAGGAUUUGCAAAUGAUAAUUUUUCUUCUGAAGCUUUAUUUGACUUCAAUUUUGAACAUCUGGGAAGCCCAGCCCCUAAACAAACAGAUACCAUGUCUCCCAGAACUGGUGGAAAGAAUGGCAGUGGAGCAAAGGAAAAGGCCCAUCGCUGGACACCUUACCCUCCCCAGAAGACUGUGGAUUCACAGCCGCGGCUGAAAGACUGCACUGGUAAUAAGUCAGAGAAGGCGCACAAGCCCCUGUGUGAUUUUAACCAGACAGCUGCAGGAGCACCAGAGCCCCAAACUGACGGAACAAGUAAUUCUCCCUUGCUCAAAACGCCAACUGCAACACAGAUGGAGUAUUCUCAUCACAAAGCCUCUUCUGACUGCACAGCUUCUUAUGAGGUGACAAGAGAUUGCCCCGUCACAGAAAAAUCAGAACAAGAGCAUACCUCUUCCAGUCAGACGCCACCAUUGAAACCUGUACACCUUCCACUUCCAGCCACUAAAUCAGUUCCUCAAAAACAGGAACCAAAGAAUCCCUCCAAAAGCACCAAGACUAAUUUUCUGCUUCCUGGAGAACACGCACACCCCUUGGACAAGCCCAUAUUAGAAGAGCAGCGUAGUUCAUACACGUCCAAACUGCGCAGUGUGUUAAAAGGGAGUAAGAGUGCACUUGGUGUCCAAAGGGAGAGUGGUGAAAAUGUAAGUGAUCCUUUACAAAAUGCCAAAGAGAUGCCACAGUGUCAUGAGUCCAUGCAAAAACCAUCGCUUACUGCUUCUAAAAGGACCAGGAGCUGUGCAAAAGCAAGUAGGAAUGUAGAGGAGUCUGAAAAGGGGUCUUUGAAGAUUGAGUUUCAGGCCCACACCUUAGAAGACGAAAGUGACGGAGUGAUGUCCGACACUGAAAAGCACGGAACCAAAAUCGGAACCCUGGGCUCUUCCACUCUGGAAGUUUUAUCCUGCAGCGUGCAUCCUGCUGAUGAGCAAGAGGGGGCUGGCCAGACCCUGAAAACAUCUAGUAAACUGUCCAGCUCCCCAUGUAAUUCCACAGUUCACAAGAAAGAAUCUGAGUUACACAUGGCACCUGCAGGCCGUCCUCACCCCAGCUUAUUGCUUGACCUAAAGCCCUCUCUGGAGGAUGCACAGGUUGAGGACCCUGUUAAAUGUCAUGUCUCUUAUGAACCCGAAGGCUUUGAAGGUACUAGCUUGGAUGCAGAGCUUCAAAAAAAUGGUCUAGGGCAGGCUUCCGGCCCUCUCCUGCCUGAACUAAGUAAACUGGGCUUUCCCGCCUCUCUCCAGAGAGAUCUAACCCGGCACAUCAGUUUGAAGAGCAAGACUGGAGUACACCUUCCGGAGCCAAACCUCAACAGUGCACGCCGCAUUCGCAACAUCAGCGGGCACCGAAAGAGUGAGACGGAGAAGGAAUCUGGCCUCAAGCCAACCCUCAGGCAGAUCCUAAAUGCAUCUCGGAGAAAUGUCAACUGGGAACAGGUCAUUCAACAAGUAACCAGGAAAAAGCAAGAACUGGGCAAAGGUUUACCCAGGUUUGGCAUAGAAAUGGUGCCCCUGGUUCAGAAUGAGCAGGAGGUCUUGGAUCUGGAUGGGGAGCCUGACCUGUCCAAUCUAGAAGGAUUCCAGUGGGAAGGUAUUUCCAUCCCCUCGCCUCCGGGGUUGACAAGGAAACGGAGCCUGUCGGAGAGCAGCGUGAUCAUGGACAGAGCCCCUGUGUAUAGCUUCUUUGGUGAGGAAGAUGCAGGCAGAGAAAACGAGCCCCCGCAGAUGAUUUUACCUGGUACCUCACUGAGGGCUACCCAGGGUCAGAAAGCGACCGAGGCCUUUAAACAGGAAACAACCCCUAUGGCUGCUUCCCUGGGUAUAGGUGAAAUGGCCGAAAGUGUGACUACCCGAAGGCGUCAUAGUACACAAUUACCCUCUGACUAUACAAUACCGUUGAUGCAUUUGGCAAAAGGCCUAAGCAGCCGCGAGAGUGCUACACCACCUUCAGAAAAUCAGAACACACAAGAGGGCAACCGGGAAGGCAACUCCUCCAAUACCUCGUUAGUCCUUGCAAACUCCAGUUUGGUGGACGCAGCCACAGACAGCAGCUGCACGUCGGGCACUGAGCAAAACGAUGGCCAGAGCAUCAGAAAGAAGCGCAGAGCCACGGGAGAUGGAUCAUCUCCUGAACUCCCAAGUCUUGAGAGAAAAAAUAAGCGAAGAAAAAUUAAAGGGAAAAAAGAACGUUCCCAGGUUGACCAGCUGUUGACUAUCUCCCUGAGGGAGGAGGAACUAAGCAAGUCUUUGCAGUGCAUGGAUAGCAACCUUCUGCAAGCUCGAGCAGCCCUGCAGACGGCGUAUGUCGAAGUCCAACGGCUCCUUAUGCUCAAACAGCAGAUAACUAUGGAGAUGAGUGCCCUGAGGACCCACAGAAUCCAGAUUCUACAGGGCCUGCAAGAAACGUAUGAACCUUCUGAGCGUCCCGAUCAGGUUCCCUGUGGCCUUUCACGAGAACAAAGGAACAGUAGGUCGCAAACAUCUGCUGAUGCCACACUGCUGCCAACACCCUUUUUCUCAGUGUACCUGGACCCUCCGCCAUCAUCCCAUGUGUCUCCAUCAUCCACAUCUGCGUUCCAAGCCCCUGGCAGUCUCCCUGCUCCGGACUCCUCGGUUCAGAUUAAACAAGAGCCCAUGUCUCCCGAACGUGAAGAGAGUGUGAAUGCUGUGCCACAGGGGUCUGCUGGUAGUGUGCCCACGGAAUUGCCUCACACUAAUAGAGAGAUCAGUGACAGUUGUCCAGUUUACCCAGCCAUCACUGCAGCAUUGCCCUUGUCAGAACUAACAGAGGCUUUCCAUGAGACUAGCCAUGAAGUGGAGCUUUCUGUGGAGCAAGGACAUACAAGAAAAAGAGAAAAUUCUCUCUCUUCCCAGUCAACAGCUCUUCCUCACCUAAAUAGAGAAGGGGAGGAACCAGCCAAAGGCAACAGUGGUUCGGAAGCCUGUACCAGUUCUUUCCCAAGAUCGUCCUUUGCUUCAGAAACCCCUUUGGAGAAGGAGCUCCACUCUCCAGCUGACCAGCCUGAGCAACAGGCAGAAUCCACUCUGACAUCAGCUGAAAGUAGGGGAAACAAGAAAAAGAAGAAACUCAGGAAGAAGAAAACUCUACGGGCGGCCCACAUUCCUGAGAAUAGCGACACUGAGCAGGAUGUAUUUACCGCCAAGCCUGUACGGAAAGCAAAGACUGGGAAGUUAGCCAAAGGGGGCAAAGUAACAACUUCCACCUGUGAAGAAGAGGGCAGAGCUGCCCAGGAACAAGAGAGUGUCAGAGAUGAGCCAGACAGUGACUCGUCUCUGGAGGUCCUGGAAAUCCCGAACCCUCAGCUAGAAGUAGUAGCCAUUGAUUCUUCAGAAUCUGGAGAAGAGAAACCAGACAGCCCAUCGAAAAAGGAUGUCUGGAACUCAACAGAGCAAAACCCACUUGAAACUUCUCGUUCUGGUUGCGAUGAAGUUAGCUCUACCAGUGAGAUUGGCAUCCGUGUCAGCGUGGCAGAAACCCAGACUGUGAUCUCCAUGAAAGGAUCAAAAAACUCCUCAGAAAUGUCCUCAGAGCUAGGAGACGAUGAUGAGCCCACAGAAGGGAGCUUUGAGGGGCACCAGGCUGCAGUGAAUGCAAUACAGAUAUUUGGGAGCUUAUUGUAUACCUGUUCAGCAGAUAAAACGGUCCGGGUUUAUCAUCUGGUGAGUCGGAAAUGCAUAGGUGUCUUCGAAGGCCACACCUCCAAAGUGAACUGCCUCCUGGUUACUCAGACCUCCGGGAAGAAUGCCGCCCUGUACACCGGUUCCAGUGAUCACACUAUUCACUGCUACAAUAUUAAGACCAGGGAGUGUAUGGAAAAGCUGCAGCUGGAAGACCGGGUUCUGUGUCUCCACAGUCGAUGGCGAAUCCUCUAUGCAGGACUGGCAAACGGCACGGUGGUCACCUUCAGCAUAAAGAACAACAAACGGCUGGACGUCUUUGAAUGCCACGGCCCUCGGGCGGUCAGCUGCCUUGCCACAGCUCAGGAAGGUGCCCGGAAGCUGCUGGUUGUGGGGUCUUAUGACUGCACCAUUAGUGUGCGGGAUGCUCGGAACGGCCUGCUCCUCAGAACCCUGGAGGGCCAUAGCAAAACCAUCCUGUGCAUGAAGGUGGUGAAUGAUCUUGUGUUCAGUGGCUCCAGUGACCAGUCAGUCCACGCCCACAACAUUCACACUGGAGAACUGGUGAGGAUCUAUAAGGGUCACAACCAUGCGGUGACUGUGGUGACUAUCCUGGGGAAAGUGAUGGUGACCGCUUGCCUGGAUAAAUUUGUUCGUGUCUAUGAACUACAGUCCCAUGAUCGACUGCAAGUUUACGGAGGACACAAAGACAUGAUUAUGUGUAUGACCAUCCACAAGAGUAUAAUCUACACUGGCUGUUACGAUGGCAGUGUCCAGGCUGUAAGGUUGAAUCUGAUGCACAACUCCCGCUGUCGGUGGCAUGGCUGCUCGUUAAUAUUUGGUGUCAUGGAUCAUUUGAAACAACACUUGCUGACCGACCACACUAAUCCAAACUUUCAGACUCUGAAAUGUCGUUGGAAGAACUGCGAUGCUUUUUUUACCGCCAGGAAAGGAUCCAAGCAGGACGCUGCAGGACACCUGGAACGGCAUGCUGAAGAGGACAGCAAAAUCGACUCAUGAAGUUUUUGCCUCCCACGUCGGGAUGUCAUUAGUUGGACACUUUUCACAUCAGCCCCAAGCACAAGCCUUUCUCUUCCCUUCUUCUCUGGUGAGGCAGGAAAGGAGAAGGUGCUGGGCUUACCAAGAGCAACGUCUGGGCAGCUCUAGGGGAUGAUGGGCUACACUUUAAGUUCUUGCUGGAGGUGUGGGUCAGAUCAAACAGGUUUUAAAGAAGUCUCCUCUGGGGCAACAUGGCAUAGUGAGUGUAUGCCACUAAUGUUCUCCAGAUGUUUAUUACAGGGCCCCACCUUCAUGGGUGGCCCUUGUCAUACUCACUCUUCAUUGAAGUUCGGCCUGUGAAAUCUUAUGUUCUUAAGAUGGUUUAAGCCUGUGGUCAGGCUUUUACAUACACGUUUGUUCACAUGCUAGGCUUUCAGAACCAGCUUUCAUUUUUCCAGUUGUAAUAAGUGGCCAUUAAAAUUGGAACCCAGUCGUUUCAUUUUCUUAACCAUUACAUGUGCAGUGUGUUCCUUCUUUUCUUAGAUUGUAGAUGGACAGAGCUGGCUUAAAGUGCUGAGACUCACAGUAGAUUGUACUUCAGGAUUCCAAAAGUAGAUCACACAGUGAGGGGCCCUUAGAGACAGCACCUCCCAGAGAGCCUCUGCAAAUCUUGACAGACCUGGUGUCUAGCUGUACGUGUUGCUGUCGACCCAGGCACUCCCUGCUGCAGGUGCUGUCAGGCUGGUAGAACUAUAGCUGUAGCUUCGAGAUCUCCUCUUCCCCCUCUGACUCUCCCGACUACUGUGGGUUUGAGACCUGGUUUGCCAUUGCCAACCCUGUUUCCCAUUCUCCAGCUGACCUAGACUGGUGCAGCACUCAAAAGGUGCAGGAGUUAAGAUACAACCUCCUUGUACGGUUUUUAGAACUGUAUGCAGGCUUCUAAGAAACUUAUUUCUGGAAACCAGUGUCUUUGUGUUCACCAGCCAGCCAGCUGGACAAGAGUGGAGCCUGGUGAAGGUAAAGGAUCUGCGUGUCCGCGAGAGCGGCCCAGACAGCAGAGCCUCAAUGGGGCUGCUCCCUUUUGGAAUAUCUCUGGACUUGUAGCAGUAAAGCUGUGCAACUGUUGUUUUCUAACCUCGGGUCAGGACGCUCGAAACUCCAAAUUGUCUCUGCAGAGAAGCAGGGAGAAGAGCCCAGUGCACAUGGCAGCCUACCUGGUGUGUGGCCUGCAUUUUCCAGACGUGUAGGCCACCCAGCUUUGUCCCCAGCCCUGCUAGUGCACAUAGACAGUCUUUGGUCAGGUUCUCAGGCACAGCUGUUUCACCAGCUAGCUUUCAGAAGGCUCUGGGACCCCCUUGAAAUUAUAGGCAAAACCAUAUGGGUUUGGUUUUGUUUUUUAGGAAAGGUUCCAGUGGUUCUUACUGGAACCUCACCCCCACCCCAAAAUGUUAACAACCAAUCUAGGAGUUACUUCUAAAUAAUGACAGGCCGUACUAGCCGUUAACCGCUGUUCUUAUAAAUGGCGCUCUUCUUAUCUACGCAGUGGAGAUUUGUGUGCCGCUGAAGAGAACACAAAAUUCUGUUGCAAAAAGUGUCUGUGCUGUUUCUGUGUGACACUCUGAAACUUUACUCCCUGUGGGGGGCACCCAAGCAAAGACAAUGUUGUGUGGCCCUGGGAGUGACAAUGGCCCAGGAAAGUACCCUCAGACUUACUGGUAAGUCUGGUUGUUUCCCCUGGGCUGCAGUGGAACCAGGUUUCCUUGUUGCCUGGGCAGAGCGAGCCUUGGAUGCUGUGUGCCCUUCUGUCCUGACGUCAUGUCGGACGAGAUUGAGGAAGGGAACUUGAGGUUGGGGCCGUUUUGAGGGUCUUACAAAUUGAAUCGAGGCUAUGAAUUAGUUUAUUUGGGAGACUCGUGCACUGUACCUGCAAGUGUGUAUGCACGUAUGACUGUUCGUUUGUGCGUGCAUACACAUGUAGACAGUCGCCUAUACUUAGAAUGUUUUUCCUCACUUCACUGACGUUUCCUUUGAAGCAGUGGCAGUAACAUCUUUAUGUCAAGAACAUGUUAACCUUCUCAUCACACCAGGUUAGCCUGUUCUCCGAAACCUCAUCCUUUUAGUUCUGUUUGGAACUAGACGUACCAUAGGCACCUCCACUGCUUCUGUGUGUGUUCUUCCUUCUAUGUGUCUUCCAAGUUAUUCAGAGCUUAGAUUAUUUUUAAAGUCUCCCACAACGUCCUGACUGCUGCUAGCCUCCGGCGCCCCUCUGAGAAGAGCUGGGGCGCUGGGACUUGGGUUGACUGUAUUUAGUACCUUGAUGAAGCCAGGAAGCUGUCAAAUGACCUGACGGGAGCCUACUCAUUUCUUGUAAGAGCCGGGAGGCCAUUUUUAGAAUGUUGUUUUCAAUUGCCUGUGCCUACUUCGAAGGGCUGGAAGCCAAGGAAACAGUAGCAUGAAUCCUUUCAUGUGCAUGUUCUAGGGUUUCAUGGCAGUUUUGAUCUGCUAAAAUAUCAGUUACUUCAAGUUUUCUGCCGCAGUUUCUAACCAGGUCUUGGCAUACUCUUCUACUUGGUUAUCGAGUAACCAGGCACAAUGAAACAAAACUCUUAAGUUCGAAGUCUCAUCUCCCCGGAGGUUAACUAACUCAUUGUUCCUGUGCUGCUGCUGUUCUGGGGACUUUCCCCUCCCUCAGGAGAGUUAGCAGUUGAGUGCUGUAUGGGCAAUGUGACUGCCGUAAGAGUGAUUGUUUGCCUUACGAAAGGUUUUUGUUUCUGUAGCGACACAAUAGGCAAUGUUAGUGACUAGGCAUGUGGAUGAUUUGGUGGGAACAGGUGUACCCGUAAUGCAGUGGUAUGGUAUGUUUCUGGAGGGAACUCAGUGGAGAGCAGAUUGGCAUAUACUGACAAGAUGGAUCUGAACCCUCUGGUUUGCUCAGAUAACUGCAAUUUCAGUCCUAUGCUUGCUUACAAGUUUUAUUCCCGCCCCUAUUGGAGAGUUUCUAGAGCUGUUGUGAAACCCAUGCCUGACACAUUUAUAAAACAGUGGUGGCUUCAUCCCUGCCCCAAACCAUCUUGUAAAACAGGAGAUAAAGGAUCCUCAGAGUUUAAGCGAAACAGUCUAGUGUGUAGGACUGGGCCCUGGAGGAGUGGCCGGCCAUCUGGGCCACAGGGAGUUGUGUGUACAGCAGAUGGUAGCUCUUUUCGUAAACCAGACCUACUGUUGACCACACGGAGCGCUAACCCCAACUCCAGUCCAAAGUUCCUCAGAUUUGCUCUAAAUUCAAGGCGGUAGCUCAGUUGGGAGAUGAGGGGCACAAAGAAGGACUGUGGACAAGUCCUCCUCCUGUCUAAGAGCUGUUCCAUCUUUGGUUUCUGGGGUGUUUUUGUUUUGUUUUGUUUUUAAUAAUAUUCUACAUGGAUUCAAAAGAAUAAAAUCAGAUGACAACUGCAAAAAUGUUUGUAAGCAAAUAGCCUGGCCUUCUUACAUUCUGGUAUAAAGCCGUGAACAUCUUAAAUUUGUAAAACGAGAUAAAGCAAAUACAAGAGGAAAAUAAAGUACUUUUACUAAUUGGUUGGUAA